AGAGCUCACGCUUUGGGCUCGAACAGAACGAUUUAGCUGUCCUGUCGCGCACUCGGCCCUGGCAAUGGCUCUUCAGAUCUCUCUACUUUUGGAGGGCGAACAGGCAGAUGGUUUCUACAUGAAUUCAGAAGAGAUGCGGUCGCUCCCAGACCGCACCCUCGAUGUGAUCCGCCAGCGAGCGGAGGCGGUGCUCAGCCGGAGAUCCCUGAAGUUGAACCGGAUCAUGUACAGGGAUGAGGAGGGGGACUACUGCACCUUGCUUGUGCCAAGCAUCACGGAUGCCCUAGACACAGUUGAGGGGAACCCGAUCCUGGAGCUGCACAUUGCGGCGGAGCCAUCGGAGUUUUCGCCUCCACCACGCGUGGCAGAGAAGGAGCCAUGUGCAGAGAAGGAGGAUGUCAGUGACGUGAAUGUCACGCACAACGGGCAGCCAUUGCCCAGUGCAAUCCUAAAGGAUGUCGUGCAGGCAUGGCAGGACAAGGACCAUGUGUACAAGAAUGCUCCCGAGCAGCUUGUGGGUGCCACAUUGUUCAGAUCCAAGCAAUUGAUUCCUGGCGGUGACACGUUUACAGUAGAGGCACCGGCAGGAUCUGCCAUUUACAUCUUCAGCGAGGCGCACAGAGAUGGGGGCUUUCCCGUGCUUGGGUGGCAGAAGUGCGAUUCGAAGCGCUUUCGUUGGCAGACCGAAGAUGGCAGCUUUUUCGGCCUUGACCUCUGGAAGUGCGUUGGGACAGGGUCGCCCAUCAGCAUCAGGCUGAGUGGCGCACUCAUAGGUGGCAUUGCAGUCCAGAAAGCUUUGCAGGAUGACAUCGAUACAGCCAGUGAAGUGCAGGAGCUGGUGGCAUGGUUGCAUUCAGUUAUUGCCGACCUUGACAUGACCCGAUUCUUUCAACGCUUGGGUGAAGCUGGCUUGCAGCUGUUAUCAGAGCUCAAGGGGUUCUGGGUUGAGGAGUGGGCGACGCUUGUGCAGCCGCUUCACACUCUUACCGCCGGCAGCUUCGACUUGACUCAGCUGCAAUCUUUUGCCCAAGUGGCCAUGGAGGCUUAUAAGAAGUUGGAUGCGUCCCUGCAGGCGCGGGCCAGAGGGUUUCUCCAGGCCGCCAUUGAUAGGAUCCAGGAGGAGCUUUGCAUGGAGGAGGUGCAUGGCAACGUGAUCUGCGAUGGCUGCGACCAGGAUCCGAUCUACGGGCGCCGCAUGAAGUGUGCAACCUGUCCGGACUUUGACCUGUGCAUGCGCUGCUACAAGCAGCUCGAGAAAGUGCACCCAGGCCACAGCUUCGUGCGAGUGCCUGGCGUCCACCUGCACCCGCCAGGUGCGGCCCCAAAGCCGGAGCCUUCAGAGGCGCCGCCGGCUUCCCCAGCCGCAAGUUCGCCGAAGGACCUGCCCGAAGACCAGCUGCCGCCCGCUCCGCCGUCGGAGCCUCCGACUGCGCCGCCCUCCGAGUCGCCGGCAGUGACGCUCUCGGAGUCAUCGCCCAGGCGGUCGUCAGAGGCUGCGGCGCUCGAGCUGCUGUUGAGGCACCAGGAUGCUUCUGUGCGGGCAGCGGCGCAAACGGCCCUGGAGCAGGUUGCCUAUGGUCAGGCUGCCGCGCAGGCACAUCUUCUUGCCGCAGGAGUGGAGGCAGUGCCAGAUGCAAAGCCCUGCGAGCCUGCGACGGAAACCGCGCAGGCGGAUGCGAAGCCCUGCGAGCCGGCGCCGGAAACCGCGCAGGUGCCAGCUGAGGAGGCGCAGGACAAGCAGGAGGAUGGCCAGGACAACAUCUCGGAGGCGAGUGGGUGGGAGCUGCUGGACGUGCUGGAGGAGCCCGAAGAGAAGACCACGUGACGUUUGAAGUGAAGUGAUCCAUCCCCGGCGAACUGAUCGGCAGAUUCGGCCUGGGAAUUCGUUUGGGGGGCACAGGCGCACACACAAUUGCACAGGUGGCACCGGCCCCCAGCAACAGUGCACCCUCAUAUUCCGCACUGACCUCACGCAUUGACCCUUUGCG